AUGGUUUAUUUCUACGGCGGCGGAGGCGGCCUUUCCACUGGAGCUUACAUCGGCAUUGCCGUGGCGUGUUUUGUCGUUGCCCUUAUCCUAGCCAUCUGUGGGAUCUACUACCGCAGGCGUCAUAUCAGGAUUCUUAGACAACACAUAAUGAACGACCAGCAGCGAAGACUAAACAUGCAACCGAACUUGAACGGGAACCUGAACAUGAAUCUGACCAUGAACCAGAACUUCGACCAGGUGUUCCAGUCUCCUGGGUAUAAGCCAGAGAAUGGAGCCACCCAGGUGACUGAAGAAACGACAAAUGUUACCAACAACACUGCAUUCAUGUACGUGCCGCCAGAGACGCCCAGCGCUCCUCCACCGACGUACGAUGCGUCGAGAAACGACACGAGAGUUCGCCUGAUGGUGUAG